AUGGGUGCUUCCUCUCCAAAAUGCCUACGUGACUCCCUGCGUCAGGCACUGCGUCAACGGGAAAACAAGUUGUGCCGUCGAAAGCUCACGGUUCUCCCUCCGUCUUCCGUGGACUUCUCCUCAAACGAUUUCUUGUCAUUGUCAACAGCACCAGCCUUCCGAACACGGUUUCUAGAUCUUCUCCAACAGGCACCACCGUUGUACCCAUUUGCUAGUGGAGGAUCGCGGCUUCUAGAUGGAAACUCGACUUACACCGAGGAGCUGGAAGAUUUCAUCGCCGCUUUCCAUAACGCCCCAAGUGGACUUCUGUUCAAUUCUGGCUAUGAUGCAAAUGUCGGCGUUUUCUCAAGCAUACCUCAGCCGGGUGACCUGAUUGUGUACGAUGAGCUUAUCCAUGCGAGUGCGCAUGAAGGCAUGCGACUCUCGCGAGCACGGAAGCGCGUCAAGUUUGGUCACAGUUCUCCUGCUGACCUGGAAACAGUGCUUCAAGCGGAACUUAUGGUGGAUCCUCAGCUUCGUGAGGGCCACCAAAACGUCUUUGUUGCAAUUGAGUCUGUCUACAGCAUGGACGGCGAUGUUGCGCCUAUCCGUGAAUUCGUAAAGGUCGUGGAUCGGCUUCUCCCUAAUAAAAACGGAUACUUCAUUGUGGAUGAAGCCCACGCGACCGGUGUCUUUGGCCCACGCGGUUCUGGGGUUGUUCAGGAUUUGGGGCUAGAAGACCGCAUGUUCAUUCGGACACAUACGUUUGGCAAGGCUUUGGCAAGUCACGGAGCAAUCGUCCUCUGCUGCCCAGAUACUAGGGAUUAUCUGAUCAAUUACGCCCGGAGCUUGAUCUACACGACUGCCUUAGGGUUCCCCUUCCUUGCUUCCAUCCGUGCUGCCUAUGAGUUACUCGCUGAAGGAGAGACUGAACAGCUCCAGCGCAAACUUGGACGAUUAAUUGCGUAUUUCCGAACUCAAUUGGACAGUCUCGGCUCCUGGGGUUCGUCAGCAAUCGAAGUCGACCAUUUCUCUAAUUCACCAAUAUUUUCACUUCGCAGUCGGGUGCCUCGAGAGCUCGCCGGUGUUUGUCAGCGCGAGGGAUAUACCGUUCGUGCAAUCAUGUCGCCCACUGUUCCAGCAGGCAAAGAGCGUGUACGGGUAUGUCUGCAUGCAGGGAACACGGUGGAAGAAGUCGAUGGUCUUAUAGAGGUCAUUGAAUCUUGGCUACACCAAACGGAAAAGAAAACAGCUCGAUUAUAA